AGUUCACGCAUGUUCGAUUUGUUUUGUUAAUUUAUAAAUUAAACGAUUAAUUAUCUAAUAAUAAUCGUAUUUACACAUAAUUUGUAAAAAUUCUAUGCAAUAAUGUUUAAAAUACCGAAAUGGGAAGAAGACGUGCCGAAGACCAAUAUCGCUUUUGGUAGAGCUCUAAAGAAGAAAAAGAAUAAAAAAGAUUCUGAAAAUGAGAACAAUAUACAGAAAUCUGUUAUACAACAUAAUAGCAAUGUAUUUACAAAGAAAGAUAAAAAUACAAAUCUAUUUACUGUAAAAAACACACAGAAUCAAAGUAGUAAUAAAAAAAAUGUAAAUAUAAAUAAAAAUCAUUCACAAGCUAACAACAAAUUAAAUGGAAGCAACAAACCGGAUGAAGUAUUGGUAAAUUUAGGAAAACGGAAACUCCAUGAACCAGUUACGAAUCAAGAGGAUUUACAGGCUCCUGUAUCUAAGAAAAAGAAGAAAAAAAAUAAAAACAAACAGAACCUAGAAGAUACUGAUAAUGUUGCAAAAACUAAGAAUGUUAUGAAGUUGAAUGAGUCUGAAAAUGGUACAGAAAUUGAGACAACUAAAAAGAAAUUUAAUGAAAAAUUUGACAACAAAAGUAAAUCCAAAUUUAUGAAACCUAAGACUAAUACAAAAUUCGAAUCAAUAAUUAAAGACACUGUGACUAAACUAAAUGAAAACAAUUUAGAACAUAAGAAAUCUAAAAACCGCAAGAAAAGAAAUAAAAGUAAUUCUGAUAAUAAUUCUGAAUAUAAAACUGAAAGUACAACUAAAGUAAAAUCUGAUAAUGAUGAUGAUAAUUCAAAUAUUUCUAACAACUUUUUGGGUAAUAAUAAAACUUUUAAUGGAAUUAAAAGGAAUGCUAAAAAAGAAAAAUUGAAGAAAAUACUUGCCAUGAAUAAUAAUAGAAACGAUAUUGAUGUUACUAAAAAAGGCAAUAAUCUGAGGCAAAGGAUGCUUGAGAAAUUGAAAGCGGCACAGUUCCGAUACCUGAAUGAGAAGCUGUACACAUCAUCAGGCACAGAAGCAAAGCAGCUGUUCCAAAGUGACCCUGAAGCAUUCCAGACUUACCACCAGGGUUAUCAGCUACAGGUCAAAAAAUGGCCAGUCAAUCCACUUGACAUAAUUGUCAAGAGAAUUUCUCAAAUGCCGAAGAUUUACACGAUAGCGGAUAUGGGAUGUGGUGAGGCUGCGUUGUCCAGAAGAGUCCCGCACAGCGUACGCUCGUUCGACCUGGUGGCGGCCGCGCCAGCUGUCGAAGUAUGCGACAUGGCGCAUACUCCGCUUCUCACCGGCUCCACAGACGUGGCAGUGUACUGUCUAGCACUGAUGGGUACAGAUCUAACACGCUACCUGCUGGAAGCCAACCGAGUCUUGAAGAUGGGUGGUCACCUACUAAUAGCAGAGGUGGAGAGCCGUUUCGACAACGUGGAGGAUUUCACGUCAGAAGUACAAAGACUAGGCUUCCAACUGAAGAAACUGGACAACAGCCAUAAGGUGUUCUUCUUCAUGGAGUUCACCAAGAUCCGGGAGCCGCCGGUGAAGAAAUCCAAACUACCCACUAUGUCAUUAAAACCAUGCUUGUAUAAACGAAGGUGAAUGAAAUAAACAGUUAAAA